AGAGUCCUCACCCUAUCUUAUGACCUGUAUGAAGGCCAAACAGAUGCACCACCUCUGGUCUUGCUUCAUGGAUUAUUUGGUAGUAAGUCAAACUUUCAGUCUAUCUCCAAAGCCUUGGUGCGCAAGACUGGCAGAAAAGUUUUGGCAUUAGAUGCACGUAAUCAUGGUAGUAGUCCUCACAGUGACGACAUCACAUACCACGCAAUGAGUGCUGAUGUGCGGCAGCUCCUGCAGCAACUUGACAUACCUAGCUGUGUCUUAAUAGGUCAUAGCAUGGGAGGAAAGACCGCCAUGACCUUGGCACUGCAAGAACCACAAUUAGUGGAGCGCUUGGUAUCGGUGGACAUUAGUCCUUCUCCAACAACCCCCCAGUCUGGUUUCCCACAGUUUAUUAAAGCUAUGCAGAAUAUACAUUUGGAAGGGAAUAUGCCAAGAUCAACAGCCCGGACGCUGGCAGAGAAGCAGCUUAGUGCCAUUGUACAGGAAGCAGCAGUCCGUCAGUUUCUCCUGACAAACCUGGUACAAGAAAAUGAGAGUUUCAAGUGGAGAGUGAAUCUGGAGGCGAUAGCAAACCAUCUUCAAGAUCUGUUAGAUUUCCCAGAGUUCCAUGAUCCUUAUCCUGGGCCCACACUUUUCCUGGGAGGGGCAAACUCCCCUUAUAUAAGCUCUGAAAAUUAUCCAGACAUAGAUAGACUCUUUCCUUGUGCGAAUAUUGAGUACAUUGAAGGGGCUGGACACUGGGUGCAUGCAGAGCGGACGAAGGACUUCAUCAAUGCCAUCUGCACCUUUAUAGAAGACUUGACAACAAGCCAAACUUGA